AUGCCGGUGAUGAAGGGGCUGCUGGCGCCGCAGAACACCUUCCUGGACACCAUCGCCACCCGCUUCGAUGGCACUCACAGCAACUUCAUCCUGGCCAACGCGCAGGUCCACCACGGCUUCCCCAUCGUCUACUGUUCCGAUGGCUUCUGCGACCUCACCGGCUUCGCCCGCACCGAGGUCAUGCAGAAGAACUGCAGCUGCCGCUUCCUGUACGGGGCCGAGACCAGCGAGCCUGUCCUGCAGCGCAUCGAGAAGGUGCUGGAUGGCAGGCAGGAGUACCAGACGGAGGUCUGCUUCUACAAGAAGGGUGGAGCUGCCUUCUGGUGCCUGCUGGACAUCAUGCCCAUCAAGAAUGAGAAGGGAGAGGUGGUGCUCUUCCUUUUCUCCUUCAAGGACAUCACAGAGAGCCGGGGCAGGAGCCACUCGAGUGACAAGAAGGAGGAGAGGCAGAGGAGCAAGAAGCCCGGGAGGUCGCGGCUGCAGGCAGCGCGGAGGCAGGGCCGGAUUGUGCUGCAGCGGCUCAGCAGGCAGUUUGCCCGGAGGGACCGCGGCGAGAUGAAAAUCAACCGUAACGUGUUUGAGAGCAAACCGUCCAUCCCCGAGUACAAAGUGGCCUCAGUGCAGAAGUCUCACUUCAUCCUGCUGCACUACAGCAUCUUCAAAGCCCUCUGGGACUGGCUGAUCCUCCUGGCCACCUUCUACGUGGCUGUCACCGUACCCUACAACGUCUGCUUCACGGGCACAGAGGACAGCCUGGCAGCUGCCCGCACCACCAUCGUCAGUGACAUUGCCGUGGAGAUGCUCUUUAUCCUGGACAUCAUCCUGAACUUCCGGACCACCUACGUGAGCCAGUCGGGGCAGGUGGUCUAUGACCCCCGCUCCAUCUGCAUCCACUACGUGGCUACCUGGUUCUUUGUGGACCUGAUCGCUGCGCUACCCUUUGAUCUGCUCUAUGUCUUCAACGUCACUGUGACGUCGCUGGUUCACCUGCUGAAGACGGUGCGGCUGCUGCGACUGCUGCGGCUGCUGCAGAAGCUGGAUCGGUACUCGCAGUACAGCGCCAUGGUGCUCACUCUCCUCAUGUCUAUGUUUGCACUGCUGGCGCACUGGAUGGCCUGCAUCUGGUAUGUCAUCGGCCGCCAGGAGAUGGAGAGCGGCGACCCCCGCACCUGGGAGAUCGGGUGGCUGCACGAGCUGGGCAAGAGGCUGGAGGCUCCCUACAUCAACAACUCCGUGGGGGGCCCCUCCAUCCGCAGUGCCUACAUCGCCUCCCUCUACUUCACCCUCAGCAGCCUGACCAGUGUGGGCUUCGGCAAUGUCUGCGCCAACACCGACGCUGAGAAGAUCUUCUCCAUCUGCACCAUGCUAAUCGGGGCGCUGAUGCACGCCGUGGUCUUCGGUAACGUCACGGCCAUCAUCCAGCGCAUGUAUUCGCGGCGCUCGCUCUACCACACUCGCAUGAAGGACCUCAAGGACUUCAUCCGCGUCCACCAUCUGCCCCAGCAGCUCAAGCAGAGGAUGCUGGAGUACUUCCAGACCACCUGGUCGGUGAACAACGGCAUCGAUGCCAACGAGCUGCUGCAUGACUUCCCCGACGAGCUGCGAGCGGACGUGGCCAUGCACCUCAACAAGGACAUCCUGCAGCUGCCUAUCUUUGAGACUGCCAGCCGGGGCUGCCUGCGCUCCCUCUCACUCCACAUCAAGACCUCGUUCUGUGCCCCAGGCGAGUACCUGCUGCGCCAGGGCGAUGCGCUGCAGGCCAACUACUUUGUCUGCUCCGGCUCUCUCGAGGUGCUGAAGGACGACGUGGUUCUGGCCAUCCUGGGCAAAGGGGAUUUGAUCGGAGCCGACCUGUGCAGCACAGACCAGGUGAUCAAGACCAAUGCAGAUGUGAAGGCUCUGACCUACUGCGACCUGCAGCACAUCGCGCUGCGGGGGCUCUGCGAGGUGCUGCAGCUCUACCCCGAGUACGCCAGCAAGUUCUCGGCCGACAUCCACCAGGACCUGACCUUCAACCUGCGGGAAGGCAGCGAGAUGGAGGUGGCUGCGUGUCCUCCCCCCAGCCCCUUUCCUGUCCUUGUGACUCGAUAGAAGAGAGCAGGGCUGAGGCUCUGUAUGGCCAUGGGAGUUUGUCCCCUACCUCCCCGCAGUGCCCAGGCUCUGAGGUCAGGGCAGGGGCUGUGACUCUGCCACCCUGGCCAUGCCAGUCCAUCCCAGCCUGGGCUCUGCCGCUACUCCCGGUCACCGCGGCUGUCGCAGGGACCGCAGCCUCGUCCGGAGAGCGGAGCCGCCGCGGAGAAGCCGCUUCCCUCCAUCGUGGAGGACGAGGAGGAGUCGGAUGAGGUCUUCCAGUACUCGCCCGCUGCCGUCUCCCACCGCAAGCUGCUGCUGCCUCAGUUAAGCAGCCCCGCACGCCGCAGCUCCCUGAGCAGCCUCCUGGGCGACGAUCUGUACCAGACCUCAGCUCUGCGGCGCAACCUCCGCUGUCCGUCCCGCUGCAGCCGCGGCCGCAGCCCCUCCCCGCAGUGCCGCAGGGAUGUUCGGCUCCCGGAGCGGGAGGGCAGCACGAGCCGGAGGCCGGCCAAGCUCCUCAUCCCCUCCCUGCACUCCGACGGUCCCCCGGACCUCAGCCCCAGAGUUGUGGAUGGGAUUGAAGACAAUGGGAGGACAUCAGAGCCACAAACCUUCUCCUUCAACGUGGAUGCCUCGUUGCAGAGCACAGCGAGAGACUCCCCCACGUCAGCAGGGACAGAUGCAGAUGGCCCAGCCCUAGCACUGGAAGCAGAGGAGAUAAAGCAGAACAUCAGGAGGCUCAACCAGGAGAUCAACCACCUCAACCAGGAGGUAUCCCACCUCAGCCAGGAGCUGCAGCGUAUGAUGGAGCUGCUCCAAGGCUGCCUGGGCACCCCUCCGCCCUCUGCCUGCUCCCACCGCCUGCCUGUGGUGACCUCGAUGCCCUCUCGGCCCUCGCCACCUUCCGCCCCAGUUCCUCCCUCGCCUCUGCCCAUGCUCCACAGCUCCCACAGCUCCCCCUCUGCCAGCCCCCGCCUCAAACGUUGCCCUGUCCGCAGCCACUCGGCCCACGCCGCUGCCAGCCCUGCCAUGCACCCCUGGGUGGGCGUCGAGGGGCUGUGCCCACUGCGGGGGAUCACCCCCAGCUCGAACUCCCGCCAGGCCUUGGACUCAUCGCCGCCAUCGCUGCCGCCCCGCUCUGCCCACUCCUUUCCCGGCUGCUCGGCCAGCGGCUGGCCCUGCGCCCACUUGCAGCCCUGCUCCAGCUCCUCCAGCUCCCACUGA